AUGGAAGAUUUAAUUAAAGUUUUACAACCUUUCGCUAAUACUACAAAAAUGCUUAGUAGAAAAUAUCCUAUCUGUGAAGCUCUUCUUGCAACACUUCUUGAUCCUAGAACCAAAAAAAUGAAACUAGCAACUUAUUCUCAACGACUUGAGGCUGAAGUGUAUUUAAUAACUGAAUAUGAAGCAUUUAAAGAACAAGAACUAAUACCAAUGGAUACAGUACAAAUGGAUGAUGAUCCUAAUGAGGAAGAAAAUGUAUUAUUAGCUGCAAUGUAUGAAUCUAUUCAAGAAUCUAAUACUAAUACUGAAAUUCAAGUCUAUCUUGUAUUACCAAGAAUUUCAAAUACUCAAU